AUGCAAAAGAAAGCUUGUUUCUACUACAAGGCUUCUCAUAGCAGUGCCCUAUGUGAAAAAAGAAAUCAACAACAUCCGAACAAAACGUUUCGCCUUAACAAGAGCCAGACGAACGAAGAAUUUAACAAAUUGGAAGAUUGUUCAGCUAAUUACAAUCCGACAAUGAUGACUCAAACGAAUGCAGUAAGUAAGAAACAAGAUGAAGAAACCUUGCUGCUAUGUCAGGAGAUAACUAUAUUUAACCCAUUACAAACAGAACGAAAGGAAGAAGUUUUAGCACUAUUUGACAUUGGGUCACAGUUACCUUUUAUAAGGAAUUAG